AUGCUUAUACUUGGCCCCCUUAGAAAACUGAAGCCUUCUCCAUUCACUUAUGCCAGCAAAUGGAUGGCUUCUAAACGAACUUUUGGAACCGUUAAAGUGAUCAUGAACCAACAUAAAGCAGAUGAAUUGAUUCUCGACAAAAGUGGUAAAAAGCCGAUGACCGUCCAGCAUGAGCUCCCAGAUCCUUUGAAAGAGCCUCGCAGAAACAAGAUAUACUUCAUUGCAUUUGUUGUUGUAAUGGGAACAUCGUUGUUUGGAAUUUUCAACUAUGAAAAAGUAUCGUCUCCAAUCAUGAAUUCCACGAUGUAUUUUUUGAGAAGGUCGCAAGUAGCCAGGGAUUUAAUUGGAAAGGAGAUCACUUUUGCUGGUAUAUUUCCCUGGGUUAAAGGACCUUUGAACACAAUGAAGGGAGAUAUCAAUUUCACUGUAAACGUCAGUGGAGAUAAAUCUGAAGGUGUAAUGAGACUUGUGGCCAAUAGAGACAGUAGACAUCACGCCUUCGAGAUCAGAGAUUGGACAUUGACCAUGCAGGAUGGUACUGUUGUCGAUCUUACCAAAGAUCAGUCGAUUAAUUUGAGGUUCAAUUAG